CCAAAUCGGACGGUUAUCAAACUGCGCUGCUCGUGUUUCUGCUCUAAGAAAUUCCGGAACCGAAGUGAUCGGUAACGGCGCGAGCCAAACAAAACUGAAAGAGUCAAAUAUUUUUUUCUGAACCAAAAAGUCGGAAUUUCGGUGGUUUUGUGAUCGUGAAUAAGAGAAAAGCUGAGCGUUAAAUUCCUCGUUAAUUAGUUUCAAUUAGGCAAAAAAAGGAGCCCAAACGAUUACAACGGCAGCAACAACAAGAAAUGGAAAGAAGAAGCAGCGACUGUGAGCAGUGAUCGUGUGCUUGUAUUCAUCUGUAUACAAAUGUGUGUGUGUUUGUGGCUGGAAUGGAAUGCAGUUACGAAAAAAAAUAAAUAAAUAAUUGAGAGCGCGCCCGCGCUCUCCCGCUCUCCCUCGCGCGCGUGUGUGUUUAUGUGUUUGUCUCCAUUAUCGCCGGAGUGAAAGAAAAGAAAGAAACGGAAUAAAAAUGUCUUUGCUAAUGUAAACAGCGCAAAGAGAAACCCCCCAAAAAAUAGGCUGAAGUAGAUAGCAAAAAAAGAAAAAGCGCGCGUCGGGUGAAAAGUAUAUAGUUUUCUCAGACUCCCAAAGUACAGAGAGAAAAAUUAAGAUGCCGAAUCUGCAACAGACCGCUUCGCAAUCGCAGCAUCACUUGCAUCCCCACCACCUGCGGCCCCACCAGCAACAACACACCCAACAGCAGCAGCAACAACACCACCACCACCAUCCCCAACAGCAACAACACCACAGCGAUUUCCCACUUCCAGAAGGUUGGGAUAUUGCCAAGGAUUUCGAUGGCAAGACCUACUACAUAGACCACAUCAACAAGAAGACAACCUGGUUGGAUCCUAGAGAUUGCUACACAAAGCCACAGACAUUCGAGGAUUGCGUGGGCGAUGAAUUGCCCAUGGGCUGGGAGGAAUCGUAUGAUCCCAAUAUCGGACCAUACUAUAUCAAUCACCUGGCGCAGAGCACCCAGCUGGAGGAUCCUCGCAAGGAGUGGAAAAGUGUCCAGGAGCAGAUGCUGAGCGAUUAUCUGUCGGCGGCGCAGGAUCAGUUGGAGAACAAGCGGGAAAUGUUCGAUGUCAAGCAGCAGCGACUUAUUUGGGCCCAGGAGGAGUAUAAUCACCUCAAAUUGGCAGCCAGUCGAAGCAGCCUGUGCUCUUCGUCCAGUUCAAUGAGCCGACACGAUCCGGAACUGUUGCGAGCCGACUUAAUGUUGGCGAGGGAGCGUGUCCACCAGUUGAAGCAGGAGCUGACCCACAUAACCAAUGAUAUAUCCUACACGGAGCGCGGCAUGAACACGCUGUAUUCGGUGGGCGAGAAGAUCAAUGCCCGGGAGAAUGGAUGCUAUGAUAUCGCUGAGGUCCAGGCGAUUCGCGAGGAGAUGCUCAAGGUGCACAAGUCGCUGGUUUCCGGCGAAAAGGUGCGCGAGGAGCUGAUGCGCAGUCUGGUGCAGAUCAAGAACGAGCUGAGCCGCCAGCAGAUUAGCGAGGAGAGCUCGGACCUCGCCUCGCCCUUCGAUCGUGUGUGCGUGGCCAGUCAAACUGAUCUGUGCGGUUCAUCGGGGGACAAUCUGAACGGAGGAGCCCGAUUCGCCGAGAUGGCCAAGACCAAGUUGCAGUACGCCGAGUGGCGCAAGCACAUCAAGAAGCUGCAGCAACAGCUGGCCGAUCAUGUGGAGCGCAUUGAGCCCGGCCAACUGGAGUCGGACAAGGAUCGCAUCCUGCUCAUACAGGAGAAGGAGAAGCUGCUGAACGAUCUAAACAGCAUUUCGCUGAAGUCCCGCAGCGAGGAGGAGAAGCGGGUGAUCCAGCAGACCCGCCACAAACUGGAGGAGGACCUGAAAGAGGCCUACGAGGCCAACAACACGUGCGUGGCAAAUCGGUUGCGCUUCCAUGAGGAGAAGCAGCUGCUGCUGGACAAACUGCAGGAGGCCCUCAAGUCAACCAAGCUGCUGGAGGAGCGACUCAAGUCCUUCUCGUCGGAGAGCACCUUCUCCAUCAGCAGCGGCAGUAGUCUGGGCUCCCUGUCCACGGCCAGCAGUAAGAGUGCCUUGAGUUUCACCGACAUCUACAUCGAUCCCUUUGCGGUGGACUCACCCAUCGAUGUGGUGGAUCUGAGGCGACGCUCACAGAGAAUGUUCCAGCAGCACCAGCAGCAGCGACUGCAUCCCGUUCAUCCUGUCCUGCAGCAGCAGCCAUCCUCGGAGGUAACGCUCUCGCCUAGAAGCAGCCUGUCCAUGGAGACGCCGCCCGCCUCGCCGAUGAAGUAUAACCCCGGAGCGGAUCAGGCACCGCAGGUCCUCAAAGAGGAGCCCACCUAUGCGAACGCCUUACCCGCCCCUCCUGCCUACGCAGCCCCGCCCCCAGUUCCAAUUUCUGGAGUGAGAGCACGACCCUACGAUUUGGACUCCACUGUCCUCGAUUGCAUGAUGCUGGAGGCCAAGCUGCAGAAGCUGAACAUGGGAACUCCGCUCAACCUGGCUGCGGCUCCGCUAUCUCCCAUUUCUGAGAAGCCCUCGCUGCUGGAUCUGCCGCAGGACAUGCUCAGUCGGUCGUCCUCCACCUCCAAUACGCGAUCUGUUUCGGCGGCGGUCAGCAAUGAAUCCGUGGCCGGCGAUUCCGGCGUCUUUGAGGCAUCGCGAGCUCAUCUGCCGCGAAAGGAACUGGCACAAGUCCAGAUUGGCCUUAAGUAUCUGAAACAGGAAGGAGUACUCGUCGUGUCCUUGGAACGGGCCAACAAUCUGCUGUCCCUUUGGACUGCCUCGGCGGACAACUCACAGGUGUACCUGCGUGCUGCGUUGCUGCCGAAUUCGCUAACUUCCAUUAGGACCAAGGCGCUAGGUGAUUUCCAUAAGCCCGUUUUCAAUGAUACAUUCGCAGUGCCCAUUACGCUGGACAAGCUGCUAACCAAGAGCCUGCAGGUGACCGUGGUCACCAUGACUGGACAAAAGGAGGAGAUCAUUGGCACUGUGCAAAUCAGCAUGGCCGAGUUCAACCCAGAAGAUUCCACCCUCAAGUGGUACAACGUGCUCAGCUCGAAGUUCAUUCCCAGCUUUGAAUCCCUGGACAUUCCCUCCACCAGCGCCGCAGCAGCGGCAGCCGUCGUUGCUGCCAACAAUGCAACGCCCAGUGGCAACAACCGGGAGGAGUCUUCAGACGAGUCCACCAUUACCUCCUCCCAGACAUCCACACUCACAAGAAACCAAGCACCUUGCAUGGAGCUGCAGGAGCAGAUUGCCGCCGAGUUGCUGGAAUUGGGUCCACUCAAUGAGCCGGAGUGCAGCGACGACGAUGAUGAUGAGGAAGAGGACGAGUCGGAUGACAAGCAGCUCAUCAACGAUGUUGGCGUGAUGAACUCAAGUGGAAUGUUGGACGCCUAUCUGGAGAACAUGAAGCAGGAGUUUGCCGACAAGGAGACGAACACUGAUCGCGCCUUCCUGCCGGAGAAAUCCCGUGGCCAAUCCCAGUUAAUGGACGACAGGCCCGUGAAACGAUCCCAGACCUUCACUCCAUCCGCGGCCGUCAGCAAGAACCGCUACAACUGCCGUCUAAACCGUAGUGACUCUGACUCCGCGAUGCACUGCGGCGUUGCGCCCCACACUUUCCAGCGCGGCGCCGCCGAGCGACGAUCCCUGCGCUUCCAUACUAAGGCGCCCAAGUCAGUCACAAAACUUCACCAUACUCACAUACCCCGCACCAGUUUGGACUUGGAGCUGGAUCUGCAGGCACAACACAGCAAGCUGUAUUUCCUCAAUGAUCAAAUCGCCAAGUUGCAGAACCUCAAGGAAGUUUUGCAAAAGGCCUGCGAAAACAAGGAUCCGCUAGUGGCCGCCUGGGCCAUUGAGAACGAGGAGUUCCAGCGACUAGUGGCUCGUGCCGAUCCUGCCAAAUGCCCCGAGGAGCGCCAGCUACAGAAGCUUCUGAUGAAAACCGCCAAAGAGAUCCACAAGUUGCGGAAGACCAAGGUGCCCAAGGGCUGCCCCGAUCUGGUGUCGUUCAAAGAGAAGAUCACUUUCUUCACACGCAAGGGACUGUCGGUGCCCGAGCUGCCCAGUGAAUUUACCUUGUCGGAGGCCAAUCCCAUCGAAGAGGAGGAGGAGGAGGAAGAAGAGGACGAGGAUGAGUUCUACAAUUCACCUGAGACGGCAAUCGCCAUCAAUACGGCGCUGGUGGCCAGCAGCAACAGAAACAAGAAUCUCAGUGAGCACCACCACAGAGCCGCCAGCGGGGCAGUGCCCAAGAUAACAGCACCAGUGGCCACUCCUGCAGUUACUCCAGCUGCCAACCCUGUUGCUACAUCCGCUGCCAAUUCCGAUGCAAAGCCAGCGGAUGCUCCUGUUUCACUUGCAUCUGCCGAUGAAGAGCAACAGCGCUUCGACUACGUUGUGGAUCGCAACUAUGGCGUGGAGGUGUAGCCCCUUCCUUAACUCCCCGUCUUCGCUGUACAUUUUUGUAAUUAAUUUAGUAUUUAUUUCCACUAAGCGAAAAGUAUUUAUGUGUAUAAACAACUGAUGUAACAAAUAUCUGUGCCUUAUAGAGAACGUGAGAAGAACGACAAGAACCAUGCUAGAAAUGAUAUAUCUACGCAUAGCUAUGCACUAGACCUAAGCCCUAUACUGUAAUUAGAUUAGCCAAGUAACUUAGCCCUAACUACACCCAUAGUCAGUUGUACAAAUUGACCCCCACUGAUGACCAUAUAAGAGCAACUAAGAUUUACAAACCACCAACCCGCCCCAUUACUAUUUGCCCUGCCCCGCCCCAAACACACAAAACAAAAAACAAGGAAAAUCAAACAAUAACGCGCACAUUGUGCGUUCAAUGCCUUCAAAUUCAUAUUGAAACCAACUGUAAUCUUAAGACUUGAGCAAAAUUAUACGAAUGUUUAUGAAUAUUUUUAUACGCAUCUAGGAAUAGUUAUACCGCUUUGAUUACCCCAAGCCACAUAUACACAAAACGUAAAGAGAACGUGAAAUAUUUAUUAUAUUGAUGGAUCGAUCGAUGUAGCGCUCGAAUCCAAUCGGUUAGGUUAGUUAGCUUGCGUUUUUGUUAAGCUCAAAACGAAUUCUUAUAUUGUAAUUUUUUUUAUAAAAAAAAUCCUAUGCAAAAAAAACAAACCACACAAAAAAAGUGAAUGUACCAUAUUAGAUAAUCGUCACUAUGUUAACUAUAAGAGCGCCCCUAACCCCCCGACAUUGCCACCAUUGAAAAGCGCAAACAAAAAAUGAAAAAGAAAUAUGAAAUGAAACCUUGUUAUGCUUUCCCAAGCGAACCUGUUAAAACUGUUGACUUUGAAACUUUGCCGUGGCGCACUAAGUUCGUAUGAAAUAAAAUGAAAUUACCCACAGCUCUAGUUUAGUUUAGGUUUUGCACGUGUGGUUUCCAGACUCUGUGCAAACUUAGCUGUUGUUUAUGUUUUCACUAACCAGACCCACACGAUCCCAUACCCAGCCCUUCCCCACCCCAAAAUCUAGCGAGUAGCACGGAUAAACUGAAUGAGAGUCCCCACACAUAUUUUUUCUAUACCAUAGUAAUUUUAGUUGUAAUAAAUUAUAUGAAAGUGAACCUGUAUAUUGUAAUUGUGCAAUAAACAAACAAAAAAAUACUGACAUAACUGAAA